AUGUCUGAUCCUUUAUCCGCCCAUGCCGCCGAAAUAGAACCUUACAUGAAAGCCGGCACUAUUGUUCCGGUUGAAAUCACUUGCUCGUUGCUACACAAGGCUAUGUUGGAUGGCUUCAAGAGCAAACACUGUGUAACCUACCUCAUUGACGGUUUCCCCCGCAACGAGGACAACAAGUCAGGAUGGGAACGAAACAUGACUAACAAGACUCGUGUCCUUCAAGUCUUGGUUUUGGACUGUCCUGAGGACGUAGGUUUCUGUUCACUUUUCUUUUGA